UAAACCUGGGUCUUUUCAUGAUCUCCGGGACUGGAAUACAACACUGUAUCGUAGCCUUGUGGAACUUUUAGAAUACGAAGGUGAAGAUAUGGAAGACGUCUUCAUGCAGACUUUCAGAGUUGGUUACCAGGAUGUCUUUGGUACCAGUCUUACUCAUGACCUGAAAGCGGAUGGAGGAAACAUUUUUGUUAACCAGUCAAGCAAACAUGAAUUUGUAGAACUUUAUGCUGACUUCUUGUUGAACAAGAUGGUUGAGCGACAGUUUCGAGCGUUUAGGCGGGGCUUCAACAUGGUUACAGAUGACUCUCCUCUGGCAAAUCUUUUUAGACCAGAAGAAUUAGAGCUUCUGGUUUGUGGGUCACAGCAUUAUGAUUUCUUGGAGCUGAUGAAAUCUGCAGAAUAUGAUGGAGGCUACAGCAGUGAGACUGCAAUUGUGCAAGCCUUUUGGGAAUUGGUUCAUGACAUGAGUACUGAAGAUAAAAAGAAGUUGCUACAAUUCACUACAGGGUCAGCAAGAGUGCCAGUUGGAGGCCUGGCAAGACUAAAGCUCAUCAUUGCUCGCAACGGACCCGACUGCGACAGGCUACCAACUGCCCACACCUGCUUCAAUGUUCUACUCCUACCUGAAUAUUCUAGUAAAGAAAAACUCAAGGAUCGCCUCUAUAAAGCCAUCAAGUACUCUCAGGGCUUUGGUAUGCUCUGAGCAAUCUGCAGAUUCAGGUAAGCUUGUGGCCUUGAGAAUAUGUAGCGAGUUAAAGUGAGACAUCAUGGGCUAUCUGCAGUGCCUGGGCUAUGGAAGACCAUCAGCAAUUGGAGUGUUGUUGGUGUCUUUACUUGCUACUUAAAAAAAAAAAGUUAUCCUAAUUGGCUUCAAUCUGUAGAUGUAAUUUUGAUAAUAGUCUUCACAAAUUUUCUUUCUGUAGGCAGAUAUUCAUUAUUCAAAGAUGUUUCUCUUUUUAUCAUCAUCAGAAGGCUUUCCUCAUCAAAGGUCUCAAAUCUUGUGUACAGUAUUAGAUUUUUAGGGUCCCAGAAAAUUGGAUUUCUAAUGAUUCAUAUCAUAAAAGCUUCAUCAUAUUGUAAUGGAUAGACGUGAAGGAACUUUUAGAAUGCCCAGUACUGUUUACUGGUCUUGUACUAAUUUCAGAGUUUCAGACUAUUUUCCCAGUUGAGAAAUUUAUGUAGAAAUUUGGUCAAUAUUUUAUCAUAGUGCCUGUUAAAAAAUGCUAAUUUUUAUGUAAAAGAAAUGAAUAAGAAUGAGUUAUUAAUUCUUCAAGUUCAGUUAAAAAAUCACCAUAUGAAUUUUAUUUAACUUUUAAUCAUUCACAAAAUCAAACAAGCUGGAUAUUUGGGUAUACUUCAAACCAGCUUCCAUUAUAUCAGUGCAUCAAAUGGUCAUAUGAUACACAUUUUUAAAAAGCCUUACUUCAUGCUGUUGCUUUUCUUUAAGAUCUGUCAAGUGCUGUCUGUGAGAAGAUUGAUGCUGUGUGACACAAGGUUAGAUAUUAUAUCAGUGU